AGUAAACGUCCAAAGUACAAAUAGUUCCUGCUGAAAAAAAAGAAACAUUUUAUGGGUGAGGAAUAAUGUAAAGGUACCUCAUCAGAUUCAGAUAAGACCUUCGUGUGCAGGUCGUGUGUCACCGAAGAGGAGUUGGACGCUUCUUUCUGCACUUCUACAAAACUAGCUUGUUUUCUUCAGCAGGAAACACGACGGCAGCUACAUCAUGGCAGGUCCGCAGAAAAAGGGAGAACUGCUGCCAGAAGAUGUGGGUACAGAUGACUGCCUGACUUCAUACACGCACAUCUACAGUCCAGAUUUACUAAAGGAUCAGGUUGCUUUCAUCACAGGUGGGGGAUCUGGAAUUGGACUCAGAAUAGCUGAAAUCUUCAUGAGGCACGGCUGCGACACAGUGAUUGCCAGCAGGAACUUGGACAAGCUCAAAGAGGUCGCUAAAAAGCUGUCUGCUGUGUCAGGACGCCGCUGUCUCCCUUUGUGUAUAGAUGUGCGGCAGCCUGAGAGCAUCGCAGCAGCUGUGGAUGAGACACUGAAAGAGCUGGGCCGUGUAGACAUCCUGAUUAACAAUGCUGCUGGAAACUUCCUCUGCCCGGCUACGGCGCUCUCCUUCAAUGCCUUCAAGACGGUCAUGGAGAUAGACACUAUGGGUACAUUCAACACCAGCAAAGUGGUUUAUGAGAAGUGGUUCAAGGAUCACGGUGGCAACAUAGUGAACAUCUCUGCAACACUGGGCUACAAGGGGCAGGCCCUCCAGGUGCAUGCUGGCUCUGCGAAGGCUGCAAAUGAUGCCAUGACUAAGCACCUGGCUGUGGAGUGGGGGCCCAGUGGGGUGAGAGUCAAUGCUGUGGCGCCAGGUCCUAUCUCUGGCACAGAAGGAUACCGCAGACUGGGUGGCCCCAGAGGGGAGGCUGCUGGUGCCUUCCAGUCCAUUCCUCUGCAGCGAGCAGGCAACAAGACAGAGAUGGCCCACUGCACUCUUUUCUUGGCCAGCCAGGCAUCGUCCUAUGUGACUGGAGCCAUCCUGGUGGCUGAUGGCGGGGCGUGGUUGACCUCCGCCAAUGACGUCUCCAUGCUGUUGGGUAUAGCCACCUCUAAAUCCGCUAAACUCUGAAAAGGGGCUCUCCUGUCCUCCUCCUGACCCAGGUUAUUGGUCAUCUGAAAAGAAAAGAGACAAGUAAAUGCUGAAAACAAACGGGUAAUUUAGGGGCUACCUGCAGAACUGAUAUGCUCCAUGUACAGUGUUUGUGGUGUAUCUCACCCACUGCUGUCUGUAGAGUGUGUUGGAGGAGUUGAACACUAACAUGCUAUACUUCUUGUAUUAUAUGUUACAAUCUUAGAAGUGGAUCAACUUAUAUAACAAUUCUGGGAUUUUUCAACCUCUACAGUGCCAUGUAUUAUACAGUAAUCAUGCAUUUCAUGUACAGUCGUGUUUAUCACAUGCCAUUUCAUGUGGUUUCUCAGUACCUCUCAUUUAUUAAUAAAACUUUUGUAUAAU